AUGGUGAUCAUUUUAUUAAAAUUAUUUCAAAAAUAUAAUAAAUAUCGUGAAAUAACCUCGAAGAUACCUACGAUUUAUGGUUUGCCUUUAGUGGGCGUUGUUUUGAAUGUGCUGCCCAUAAGAAGUUUUCUAUAUAAACUUGGUGGCUAUUUUGAAAAGUUAAAAUCUUUAACAUUUCUUACCUGGUUGGGUAUGGAACCAAUUAUUGUUACCAUAAAUCCGGACAUAAUAAAACAUAUUUUAACUUCAGAUGAAUUUCUUAAUAAGGCCAAUGUUUUGUAUAAAGCCAUGGAUCAUGCUUUGCCAAAUGGUUUAAUCACCAGUAGAGUAUUUAAAUGGAAACACAAUCGCAAACUAAUGAAUCCCUCUUUUACACCUCAAAUUCUUCAGCGUUUUAUACCCAAUUUUCAAAGAUGUAGCGCUAAAAUUUCACAACAUUUUGACUGUUUAGAGGGUGAAAAAGAGCACUCAAUUUUUGCUUUCUUACAAAUGCGCAUAAUGGAAAUUGCACUAGAAACAAUAAUGGGUCUUGAUCUGCAAAAUGCUGAGACAUUUAGUGAUGAACUUGUUACAGAAAUACAUACAUUGAUGGAAAGAAUAUGUUUGGACACCGCAUUAUCACCUAUGAAGUUAGGAUUCAUUGUACGAACUUCAUCUUAUUACAAAAUUCUGGAAUAUUUGCAAACAUUUGUAAAGAAUAUAAUUUUCCGCAAAUCCCAAUCAGAUGCAAUAUCGGACAAUAAAUUCUUUUUGAAUCGUGCCUUAAAAUACCAACAACAGAGAUUAUUUCAUUCCAGUGAUACUAUAACUGAAACAUAUACCAUGAUAACUGGAUCCUACGAAACUACCUCUACUACUCUAUAUUCCCUAAUCGUAAUGUUAGCCAUGCAUCCUCAAGUUCAAGAAAGACUCUAUAAUGAUGUCAUAAAAAUUAUACCAGCCAACGAAGAAGUUCUUUAUGAACACUUGGAGCAGUUACCCUAUUUAAAUAUGGUUAUAAGUGAAACGUUACGUUUGGUACCACCCAUACCGUUUAUAGGACGAGAGGCUUUGGAAAAUUGUAAUCUAACUACGGAUGUGAAUAUACCACGAGAUUUUCAAGUUUUGAUUUCAAUUUUUCAUUUACACCGUAGUAAAGUUUUGUGGGGUCCAAAUGCUCAUAUGUUUAAUCCCAAUAAUUUUCUACCUGAAGAGAAAGAGAAACGUCAUCCGUAUGCAUAUGUGCCCUAUUCAAAGGGCGUGAGAAACUGUAUUGGUUGGCGCUAUGCUGACAUAUCUUUGAAAUUUAUCCUCCUGGGGUUGUUAAGGCGAUAUCAGUUUUCUACCUCUUUUGCAUAUGACGAUCUGUAUUUUGUUCAGAAAAUAAGUUUACAGUAUUUAAAUGAACCAAAAAUUAAAAUUACU